UGUACAGCGGAAACGGCUCUAGUGCACCGGCUGAGGUUUAACUAGAAUAAGCUAACCUUCCUAUCUAAAAUGUCCCACUCAGCUCCUUCAGAAAAACCUUCCAACCCUCAGAAUCCUCGUGUUUUCUUCGAUGUAGACGUUGACGGAGAAAGAGUUGGCCGAAUAGUUCUGGAACUGUUUGCCGACAUCACCCCAAAGACUGCUGAAAACUUCCGUGCACUCUGCACCGGGGAGAAAGGCGUGGGACAAUCCACCUGGAAGCCACUGCACUUCAAAGGAUGCCCGUUCCACAGAAUCAUCAAGAAGUUCAUGAUCCAGGGAGGUGACUUUUCAAACCACAAUGGCACUGGAGGCGAGAGCAUCUAUGGGGAGAAGUUUGAGGAUGAAAACUUCCACUACAAGCAUGACAGAAUGGGUCUUCUAAGCAUGGCUAAUGCCGGGCCGAACACCAACGGCUCCCAGUUCUUCAUCACCACUGUCCCCACGCCGCACCUGGACGGGAAGCAUGUGGUCUUUGGACAGGUGUUAAAAGGGAUCGGAGUUGUAAAAUUGCUGGAAUCCAUUGAAACUGAUGGGGACACUCCUGUAAAGCCUUGUAUCAUAUCUGACUGCGGUGAACAUCAGGAUGGGGACAGCUGGGGCACGGCCCCAAAUGACGGAACAGGAGAUGUCCACCCAGACUUCCCUGAGGACUCCGACAUGGACUUUAAAGAUGUUGACAAAGUUUUGUCGGCUGCUGAAGACGUAAAGAAUAUUGGGAAUGUCCUUUUUAAGAACCAGAACUGGAAAGCUGCUGAUAUUAAAUACAAGAAAGCCCUCAGGUACCUGGAGACGAGUGGAAAUCAACUGGAGGGGGAAGAGGAGCAGAAGAAGCUGGAGCCCACAGCGGUCAGCUGCUACCUCAACACAGCAGCCUGUAAACUGAAGCUGCAGCUCUGGCAGGAAGCGCUGGAGAGCUGUGAUGAGGCUCUUAAAAUAAAUCAAGAAAACACGAAGGCGCUGUUCCGGAGGGCCCAGGCCUGGCAGGGGCUAAAGGAAUAUAACAAAGCCUUGGGGGAUCUAAAGAAAGCUCAGGAAACUGCUCCAGAAGAUAAAGCCAUCAUUAAUGAAAUGAAGAAAGUCCAACUGAAAAUCCAAGAAGAGAAGGAGAAAGAAAAGAAAAUCUAUGCCAAAAUGUUUGCCUAAACACUUGACAAACUUUAAGCUGCAACACGUUAGAAUUUGUUCAUGUUUGGAGUUUUUCUCCUCAGUACAAACUAACAGUAUUUUGCCUUGAUUUGGACCUGGUUUCAUAUCCUUUCUCUGCACUGAACUGCAGUCCAUAGCAUGGCCUGGUUACAGCUCAUAAACUGAGCAAACAGGAUAUCAUGUUAGGAAUCAAUGUAAAGUUUUUGAAACAUCAUUUUGUUUUAUUUAUGUUUUUAUUGGUCAAUAAAAACCAAGGAUAACCAAG